ACACAUGAUGCAGUUCUGGGGAGGGGAUUAGGAAGAGAAUGAUCAGCUCAUACUCCGUGUCUUUUAUUUAACAUUUGUAGAAUUGUCAUCUCUUGGUCUACCGUCUCUUUAGUGUGUUAUUUACACGGGCACUUUUCAUGGCGUCGUAUACAGUCAUAUUUGUCCCUCUGCAGAGCAACGUCAGCAGUCUGGACGCCCUGAGAUUCUUCCUCUGGGUGAAGGAACUGCAGGAACUGGAGAGGGAGAAGGACAUCUUGUGGCUGAGUCUGCAGAGGCUGGAGCAGGCACGACACUGGAUUAGCUCCAGACUGGAGGCAAACACCAAGACUGGGAAGAUGGAGGAGGUGACCGGAGACAUUCGGAUGCUGAGAAGGACACAUUUAACAGAUCACUGACUUCAUGCAACAAUAAAAUGAACCUUUUUUUUAUUAUUAUUAUUUGAGCAACUGACUGAACAAUAUGAUGCUUUUUUUGUCUGUUCAGCUUUAGUAGUUCUGCUUAUUUUCACUGUAAAAGAAUUACAAAUCAUUUACUAAUUGGUUUAAUAGCUGGUCGGAUCUAGUUUAAGUUAUUUUACACAUAAAUAUGUGUAAAUAAAUAAUAUUUACAGAAAAAUGUUUUUAUAAUAGAUUGUUUUAAAGUUAGAUACCUUUUCCUCCAGGGAUAUUUUAUACUGUUUUGUGUUAUAUCCCUUUGUAAAGAGGAGUGUUCGAAAAGUGCUGUAUGUAUAGAUAAACAGAUGGAUGGAAAUACUGUGCGUAGCUUGAACACAGAGCACGUGUGAGAGUGUGCGAAACUCCACACAGAAAGUAAACCGUGCUCAGCAUCGAGCCAGAAGCUGUGAGGAGGCCACGCUACCUGCUGCUGCCCGUAAAAUAAAAGUUGACGAAAUGUUAAGAACACCAGCAAUUUGUAGAUUUCUCUUACUACUGGGAUGUAUAAACUUUUGAGGUUUGUUUCAGGAUUGAGUUGUAUUUGAGUUGUAAGUUGUAACAGGAUCUAAUUGUUUCACAGGCAUUACAUUAAAUGUAACUAUGAACAGAAUUAUUAUUAUUAUUAUUAUUAUUUUAAAUGAUGUCAUUCUUUAACAAAUAGAAAAUAGUAAAAGUUGGAAAAGUGCUGUUGUACAAAAGGAAUAAAACACU